GAAAGGUGCAUACGGAACAGGCGAACCCACCGUAGCAUUUUCCAAUAAACAAAGACAUAAGUUCUCAAACCCCCCGUACGAUUCAAACACACAAACAUUCUCUCUCUCUCUCUCUCUCACUUUCACACACGCUUUCAACUACUUAAUUCAAAGUAGGAAGACCUCCCAAAGUUUCUACAAAGACCUGUUUGGGAGCUGAUGAGGAGAAAAGUGAAAGAGAAAGCCAGAGAGAGUAGUAGAGCUACAAAGUGAAUAGAGAGACAAGGAGUUACCUGUUUGGGGGAAAUUUUUGCUUUUGGUUUUUGUGAUAAUUAAGCAGAGAGAGAGAGAGAGAGAGAGAGAGAGAGAGAUGAAUAGAGGUCAUGUGUUGCAGCAGAGCUCGCCGGUGCAACAAAUGAUGUCCGGAAGCCCUAACUGGUUCAAUAUGAUCAGUAACAUGAAGCCGCCGCUGCCGACACCACCGUCUGUCCAACAACCUUCAGCUUGUCUCUUCCCCCAAAAUUCAUUUCUCUUCCCUCAGUACAUGCCACCACCAGCUUGGCAAGAAAACCAUGAGGAUCUUCCAGAGUCAUGGAGUCAACUUCUCUUGGGAGGAAUGGUCGGUGAUCAAGAGGAUAAGCCUGGUAUGAGCCCUAUUAUUCAAGCUGCUAAAAAGAUGGAGAAUUGGGAAGAACAACUAGUGCUGCAGCACCAGGAGGCUUCAAAUGGCGGAGCAGCUGCUGCAGAAGUAAAGCAGGAGAAUUCAUCAUCAAGCAGUACUUAUGUUUAUGGCCAUGGAAAUACUGUGGUAGACUGUGAGGGAGGAAAGCCUGCUAAUUGGUCUCAAAUGAUGGCUGCUUCCUCACCAAAAUCUUGUGUCACAAGUUUAAGCAGUAACAUGUUGGAUUUUUCUAACAACAAGGCAGAUGGGAGGCAUCCCCCACCGGAUCGGUCGUCAGAGUGCAACAGCACCGCAACUGGUGGGGCACUUAAGAAAGCUAGGGUUCAACCUUCAUCAACGCAAUCUUUCAAGCAGGUUAGGAAGGAGAAAUUAGGAGACAGAAUAACCGCCCUUCACCAGCUUGUUUCGCCAUUUGGGAAGACUGACACAGCUUCCGUCUUGCUAGAAGCUAUUGGGUAUAUUAGAUUCCUUCAGAGUCAAGUUGAGGCCCUCAGCUUACCGUACUUGGGCAAUGGACCAGGAAACACGAGGCCACAACGUUCUGUUCAGGGGGAGAAGAGUUGUUUAUUCCCUGAAGACCCUGGUCAGCUGGUGAAUGACAAUUGCAUAAAGAGAAAAGGAGCUUCUGAGCAGGAAUCUGGUGAAGAAGCAAAGAAGGACUUGAGGAGUAGAGGGCUGUGCCUAGUUCCAAUAUCAUGCACAAUGCAGGUUGGGAGUGACAAUGGUGCAGAUUACUGGGCUCCAACUUUUGGUGGAGGAUUUCGGUAGAUCGAUCGAACUCUGUUCUGUAGCAUGCUGCGCAACAUAGCUAUGCACAGUACUACAAGUGAACGUGAGGGGGUGUAUUUGCACAUCACUCAAACUACAGGAGUUGUAAUUGUGGUUUGCCCGAUAAUAUACCCAAGAAAAAUGAUAUAACAUCAUUAGCAGUCACUCUGCUUAAAAAUUAAGGCUGAUUGCUCCUGAUGCUAUGCAUUUAAUCUUGGCUGGUAUUAAGUGAUGUGCUGUAAAAUAGGGCAUGGAUGGAUGCCCUUAAGUACUAUUUAAAUUUAAGAUAAUCAAGUUUAAUUACAUCUUGAUUUUU